GCGAGGCCACGCGAGCUGAAGCGCUUGGAGAAAGAGCUGCAGGACAUUCGCGUUCUAGCGAAGGAUGGUAAAGAGGCUCAGGUCUCUGCUGAUUCGGUUGACAACGACCUUACGCAUUGGAAGGCUUGGCUGAAGGGCCCUGAAGGGACACCGUACUCGGGAGGACUCUUCGACAUUGACAUUGAGAUUCCGGCAGAAUAUCCGUACAAUCCUCCGAAGAUGAAGUUUGAUACGAAGAUCUGGCAUCCGAACAUAUCUUCGCAGCAAUUCUGCAGCUAUUCGUCGAAUUUCUCCAUGGCCAUCAGCUGA